UGGUUAAGAGUGUACAGCAUGCGUCACGCUCACACGUCGCGAGUACGAUUUUUGUGUGGACGGUGUGGUGCCUGCUGGGAAAAUCUGAAGAAAAUUGCAUUUUUUGCAUAAUGCGCGACGUGAAAAGCUAACAAAAGUUGUGGAAAAUCAAAAUUCGAUAGUCUGGCCACAGUUUGUGCAUAAUUUCGGGCAGCGCGAACGUGUUUGGUGCACAAAAACCACGUCUCGAAAAUAUCAGAUCAGAAUUAUACGUGCACACAUUUUUGCUGCCAUAUUAAACGCAUACAACAGCGUUUUAUUGCUGUAUAGAGCAGAGCCAGAGCGGAGCGGAGCACCAGGGCAGAGCAUAGCCCAGAGCCCAGAGACCACACACUAACACUCACGAGCGAGAUAUGCGAGAAUAAAGAAGAAUUUUUCUUAGUUGUAUUACAAAAGCAUUAGGAUACACAUAUGUAUAUAAGUGUAUAUAUACAUGCAUAUGUGUGUACAUAGGAGUGUACAUAUAAACUAAACGAAAGCUGUGCCUACAUUUGUGUUCUUUUCCAAUACUAAACUUACAAAACAAACAACAACAACCACAAUAAUAAUAUAAAUAAACUAAUGUUAAUGCAAGCAAAGAGCCAACAGAUCUUCAAAACCAGUCUGUGCUCAUUCCAAUACAUAUAUACGUAUAUAUAUAAAUAAUUAUAUAUAUAUAGAUAUUAUAUAUAACUACGCCUACGCCACGCCCACGCGCAACAACAACAACAUGGAGAAUCAACCAAACGAAUAAAACUUUAAACUAAUUUAAAGUGUGAUAAGCAAAAGGCUGAAAUCUAAAAACAAAACAAAAAAACUAUGAAUAAUUAGUAGAAACCAAAAGCAACAAGCAACAUCAACAACAAUCAAUUACAUAUACACCAAAACACAAGACAUCCAAACACGAGCCAACAACAACCUUUUUAUACAUUAAUUAAACUAUUUUUCUUAAAUAAAACUUAACUUAGUGCAAGAAAAUGUAUCCAGUCGGUCAACAGUCACAGUGGACCCCCUCGCCCACGCGGGCUCAGAGUCCCUCUCAGGCGCAGACUAGCUUCGAAACGCUCACAUCACCACCAGCGCCGGGUUCUUCGGUCAAUCCCACCGCUGUAACCAGCCCAAGUGCCCAGAAUGUGGCAGCUGGGGGCGCCACUGUGGGUGCGACGGCCUCAUCAGCAGCCUCCCAGGUGGCGUCCACCCUGGGAACCACAACCGGGACUGUGACUGCUGCGAUUGCCACCGCUACUCCGACCACCAAUCCGGAUAUGCCCGUCUUCACAUGUCCGCGUCGCCCCAAUCUGGGACGCGAGGGCAGGCCGAUCGUACUUCGAGCCAAUCACUUUCAGGUGACGAUGCCUCGCGGCUAUGUGCAUCAUUACGAUAUCAACAUACAGCCGGACAAGUGUCCGCGCAAGGUGAAUCGCGAGAUUAUCGAGACCAUGGUGCAGGCCUACAGCAAGAUCUUUGGCGUUCUGAAACCGGUAUUCGACGGACGCAACAAUCUGUACACCCGCGAUCCUCUGCCGAUCGGUAACGAGCGCCUCGAGCUGGAGGUGACACUGCCCGGCGAGGGCAAGGACCGCAUCUUUCGCGUGACGAUCAAGUGGCAGGCCCAGGUCUCGUUAUUCAACCUGGAGGAGGCUCUGGAGGGUCGCACGCGUCAAAUACCCUACGACGCCAUCCUUGCCCUGGACGUGGUCAUGCGUCAUCUGCCGAGCAUGACCUAUACGCCAGUCGGACGGAGCUUUUUCAGCUCGCCGGAUGGCUACUAUCAUCCUCUGGGUGGUGGACGUGAGGUCUGGUUCGGUUUCCAUCAAAGCGUGAGGCCCUCGCAAUGGAAAAUGAUGCUGAACAUUGAUGUCUCGGCCACUGCUUUCUACAAGGCUCAACCCGUGAUUGACUUUAUGUGCGAGGUGCUGGAUAUACGCGACAUCAUGGAGCAGCGCAAGCCGCUCACAGACUCGCAGCGGGUCAAGUUCACCAAGGAGAUCAAGGGACUCAAGAUUGAGAUCACGCACUGUGGCCAGAUGCGGCGCAAGUAUCGUGUCUGCAAUGUAACCCGCCGACCGGCUCAAAUGCAAUCAUUCCCACUGCAGUUGGAGAAUGGUCAAACUGUGGAGUGCACUGUGGCCAAGUAUUUCCUGGACAAGUAUCGAAUGAAGUUGCGCUACCCCCAUCUGCCGUGCCUGCAGGUGGGACAGGAGCACAAGCACACCUAUCUGCCGCUCGAGGUGUGCAACAUUGUGGCUGGCCAGCGAUGCAUCAAAAAGCUCACCGAUAUGCAGACAUCGACGAUGAUCAAGGCCACUGCACGCUCGGCACCGGAUCGCGAGCGUGAGAUCAACAAUCUGGUGAAGCGUGCGGACUUUAACAACGACUCGUAUGUCCAGGAGUUCGGUCUGGCCAUCUCCAAUUCGAUGAUGGAGGUGAGGGGACGAGUGCUACCGCCGCCCAAGCUUCAGUAUGGGGGACGUGUGUCCACUGGCAUCACCGGGCAGCAGUUGUUUCCGCCCCAGAAUAAGGUGAGCCUUGCCUCGCCCAACCAAGGUGUCUGGGACAUGCGCGGCAAGCAGUUCUUCACGGGCGUGGAGAUCAGGAUCUGGGCCAUUGCCUGCUUUGCCCCGCAGCGAACAGUGCGCGAGGAUGCCUUGAGGAACUUCACCCAGCAGCUGCAGAAGAUCUCAAACGACGCCGGUAUGCCGAUAAUAGGCCAGCCCUGCUUCUGCAAAUAUGCUACGGGGCCGGAUCAAGUGGAGCCGAUGUUCCGAUACCUGAAAAUCACCUUCCCGGGGCUGCAGCUCGUCGUUGUUGUGCUGCCCGGCAAGACCCCGGUCUAUGCGGAGGUCAAGCGCGUGGGCGACACCGUCUUGGGCAUGGCCACCCAGUGUGUGCAGGCGAAGAACGUGAACAAGACAUCGCCCCAGACGCUGUCCAAUCUGUGUCUGAAGAUAAACGUCAAGCUGGGCGGCAUCAAUUCGAUUCUGGUGCCCUCCAUCCGGCCCAAGGUCUUUAACGAGCCCGUUAUCUUCCUGGGAGCUGACGUCACACACCCACCAGCCGGCGAUAACAAGAAGCCAUCGAUUGCCGCUGUUGUUGGUUCAAUGGACGCCCAUCCGUCACGAUAUGCGGCCACUGUGCGAGUACAGCAACACCGCCAGGAGAUCAUCCAGGAGCUGAGCAGCAUGGUGCGCGAGCUACUGAUUAUGUUCUACAAGUCGACGGGUGGCUACAAGCCCCACCGAAUCAUCCUGUACCGGGACGGCGUCUCCGAGGGACAGUUCCCGCAUGUGCUGCAGCACGAGUUGACCGCCAUAAGGGAGGCGUGCAUCAAGCUAGAGCCCGAAUACAGGCCAGGCAUCACAUUCAUCGUUGUCCAGAAGCGCCAUCAUACGCGACUCUUCUGCGCCGAGAAGAAGGAGCAGAGCGGCAAGUCUGGCAAUAUACCGGCCGGCACCACCGUCGAUGUGGGCAUCACGCAUCCAACCGAAUUUGAUUUCUAUCUGUGCAGUCAUCAGGGCAUUCAAGGCACCAGCCGUCCCUCGCACUAUCACGUGCUCUGGGAUGACAAUCACUUUGACUCCGACGAGCUUCAGUGCCUCACGUAUCAGCUGUGCCACACCUAUGUGAGGUGCACGCGCUCCGUCAGUAUACCAGCUCCAGCCUACUAUGCCCACUUGGUGGCUUUUCGUGCAAGGUAUCAUCUGGUGGAGAAGGAGCACGACUCCGGCGAGGGCUCACACCAGAGCGGAUGCUCAGAGGAUCGGACACCGGGAGCCAUGGCCAGAGCCAUCACGGUCCAUGCAGACACGAAGAAGGUCAUGUACUUUGCCUAAAAAGUAGCCAAAUUACCAAACCACAAACCCCAACAAAGUAACCCCAAGAAAACCACAACAAAAAUCAAAAAUUAAAAAUCAACUUCGAAAUUCAAUUCGAAUAAGCAAAGAGAGAUGGAGAUAGAGUACCUCCCCACCUCCCCAGUAAGCCUCCCAAAUCCCUCCUCAAAUCAGAAAAGCCAAGCAAAGAGAAAGUUUUACGUUUAAGUUUAGAAAGUGAGAAAGUUUAAGGAGUAUAUAAGGAAUAUCUUGCAUGCAUUAGUUUUAGGGCAAAACGACACAACAAAAACCCACAGCAAACACUCAAACACACACACACAGAGAUCGACUCAAGGAGGACUACAAAAACGUGAAAAUCGAGACACGACACCGUGAAGAAUUGAUUAUAGACAUAGGGAAUAGGGGAUCGGGAAGGAAAUCGAAUGUUAAUGCACAACAAAAUGUGAAAAUUCUCAACAGAAGCAUAGCAAACAAAGCGAAAAGGCGAAAGGCUAAAAAAAAAAAUGGAAAACCAUUUUAACAAAAACUAAACUUAAAGGGAACAAAACUACGAACGCAACACCAAAAGCCAAGCAGCAGCAUUAAUUAUCUAUCAUCAAACUUACUACAAGAACACCACGAGAGAGAGACACAACUUUUGUAAAUGUGGGGGGGAAACCAAUUAAAAAUACAAUAAAUUGUAUAAUAUAUUUUUACAAAUAACGAAUUGAAGACAAAAGGGGGGGAUGGAACGGAUGGAAUGAACAUUUGAAUAAGAAUGAAUGAACGCAUACGACCAAAGGUUUUUAGUAUACAAAAACGAAUGAAAAACAAAGCACACAAAAAACAAUUGAAUAUGUUUGCUGAUCGACGACUCACACAACAUACAACACACAAAAACCGCAAUAAAACACCACACCACACCACACAACAACAAAUUAAAACUCUGAUUCUCUGUACUGUGAACGAAGACCACCACCAAAAUGAAAAUAAAGAUAAAGAUGAACAUUUAAGGGAAAACUAAACACCAAUAAGUGGGGCACUCGACUCGACAAAGGCAUUAAAGCGCUGAAACACAACAUAGAAAAUACGAAACGAAAAUGAAUAAAAUACUUCAAUAACUAAAGUGCAGAUUAAACUGAAAACAUUUAAUAGUUUGUAAGAUUUGGCUCUACCAAAAAAACAAAGGAAAGAAGACGGACCGGACGGAUAUGAUAUAUAUAUAUAUAUAUAUAUAUAUAUAUGGAGAGAGAGAGAGAGAGAGAGAGAGAGAGAGAGAGAGAGAGCGGCAUAACGAUAAAUCCAAUUUCUACAAGGGACAAAACGUAUGGUAUAAACAAUUGCUAUUAAUAUUUACAUAGAUUUAUGACCAUCAACAAAUACACUGUACUAAUUAUAAUUUUUUUAAAGAAUCGGGGAAAUAACCAACCAAUACGAAUGCGAUACCGGAAAUACUUAAGCAUAUACAUACAUACGAUACAUCAAUUAUACAUACAUAUAUGUGUAUAUAUAUAAUUUGUUCAAAAGUGCAAAUAAUAUGCUGAUAUUUUGUGUUAGUCUUUAGUUAAUCUUUUUUUAUGCUCAGCGAGACACUCCCAUACCGCCAACGCCCGUAAAACACACACGAACUCUGAGUCCCACAGGCAUAUCACUCAAAUGUCCAAUCCACCCUUUAUUUAUGUACCUUAACCCGUAAGCUUAACUUAACGAUAUUUAAUUGUAUUUAAUAUUUUAAAUUUUUUUUAAAGCAAAACCAUUAUUUGUUAUUUCCUCGCGUCGCUGGGGCGAGAGCAUCAAUGUAAUUUCGUAUUAAAAAUUAACUUUAGCCAAGUGGUGUACGGGUAAUAUAGAGCAAGGAAACCAACUCCUUCCCACUGCACUGUGUGGGUGGCAACAACAUUUCAAUAUUUUACAAAGUAGUUUUAAUUUGCCAUUAAUUAAAUACAAAAAAAGAAACAAAACACAACAAACAAACGACAAGAGAAAAAUGAAAUAUGGAAAGAUGAAUAAUACAUAUUCUAUAUCGACGACACAGUUCAAGUUAACAUUAUAAUGAUUUUUCAUUAAAAUGCUAUGCAGGAGGAGAGCCAUCUCUCGCCGUCCCUCCUGCACCAGCACCUUAUUUAUACUUAUACUUAUACUUAUGUAUGUAUGCUAUGUACGAGUACAACCCACGCAAACCCCAACACAAUCAUCAAAUUAGGCUUAGUUUUGCCAGUCGCAUAAAUGAUGUGAGAAUUGUAAAAUUCAAAAGAUACAUAUAUAUAUAUUAUAUACAUUAAUUUGCAUAUAUACAUUUAUAAAACUCUUACAAAUUAGUCUGUAAUCUUCAGAGCAAAAUCACAUUUCUGAUCUGAUCUGAUUUCUUUUAAUUCAAUUGUAAUUUGACCGCCGUUUCUAUUUGUUCUUUGUAGUCACGUUUCAACACAAGGGAUUAAAAUUUUAAAUUUAUUUCUAAAUGUUUACUUAAAGUAGAGUGUUUAUUACCCAUCAUGCCCAAGCGGAAUCCAAUCCUAUUUUUAAGCAAAACAUAAACGAACACAAUGCAAAAAGAA